AUGACCGACCCCGCGCAAGGCAACGCGCCCCAGCAGAGGCCUAGGAGCACCAGUGCCAAAGGUAACCCCAUAGGAGUAUGGAGCCCAGACAUCCUGAUAAUGGCCGGCAGCGAGGAGGCACUGCCUGUGGUGGCCAUGAAGCACAGCAUGGUGGCCAUGGACGCAAUACCCGGAGUGAGAACGUUACCCAAUGUGCGAGACCACGACGCGAACAUGUGCCUCAGGGUGCAAGGCGAUUCGCUCAUCAUCGGGGGAUACGAGCUUAAUGCUCCGCGCUGGGAAAAGGUAGACCCCCACUUCUCCUUCGGUCUCUUCGACUUCGACAUGAACGCCUUCAGUGAGAUAAUGGAGGGCGCUGUCCACCGGGUUCCUCGCCUGGCUCAGACGGGCAUCAAGGCCACCAUCUGCGGUCCGGAGGCCUUCACGCCCGACAGGAAACCCUUGAUUGGCGAGGACGCGGAGGUGUCGGGGCUGUACCACGGGUCGGGCUUCAACAGCUCCGGCAUGAUGAUGUCGGGCGGGUGCGCGGAACAGCUGGCGCAGUGGGUGGUGCAUGGGCGGCCAGCGCUCGACAUGACUGCGUAUGACUGUCGACGCUUUUCAAGUCGGGUCCGUCGCCAGCCGCGGUGGGCGUGGGAAAAGAGCCACGAGUCCUACGUCAAGAAUUAUUCCAUUGUGUUCCCCCGAGACCAGCCCUUAGCAGGGCGACGGGCUAUUACAGACCCUCUCUUCUCGGUA